AUCCAGGGCGUGCCGCGCGGUCGCAUCUUUGAUACGACAGUGCACUGGUGUAAAUUGUAUGUACGCGAUUGUUCUAGAGUCUGUACGAAUGAUUUCUCGCCUCACUGGUGAAACCUUCCAAGACCUUCCAAGAGGUACCAACUUAAAUGGUGUAAGAGCUUUGAGUUUCGGCACCAAGGAUUAUCGGAAGAUGCGAGGCACCAGGACAAGCGCGCCCCACGGACUUUCGAGAUGGCACUUCGGGGGCGAAUGAAAGACCCUGAGGCGAAAUCCCAUCCUUAGGUAGACUAAUAGACAGUCGUUUACCAAACUUUGCAUAGCAAAGCCUGCUGUCCAUUCGUUACGCAUCAAACAAGGAUAUGGUUCAACGCCUUGAGUUAAGGCCGAGCAGAUCAUUCAGGUUGCAUUCAGGGCAGGUUUCUUCAGGUCACGUGGCUACGCUGUUUCCUGUGACCUCCGAAAGCCGCCUUCACCACCAUCCACUACGACGCGUUCAACAUUCAAGGAUGUCAAUACAGUACCGACAAGACAUGCCUCCUCCCGGGGGCUUCGAGGCCGUCAAGUAUAAACGAAACCUUCCUUUCCGUGGCCCAAGUGGCCUAGUCAUUCUUGGAGCCGUGACAGCCGUGUGUGCAUACGGGUUCUAUCGUGUUGGGAUGGGAAACCUAGAGAGAAGGGAACUGCAAAGAGAGCAAGUUUGGUCACGCAUCCACCUUGUCCCUUUGCUGGUGGCGGAAGGAGAUCGAGAUGCAUAUCGUCGUCAGCAAGCUGCAUUGGCGAGGGAACGAGAGAUUAUGAAAGAUGUCAAAGGAUGGGAGCCUGGUAAAAGUGUCUAUAACAAUGCGCGAUAUCGUACCGCAGAAUCGAUUGUAGUUCUAUGAUUGGUUGACUUGCCUUUCUUUGUAGUCACAAUCAAUAGAUCAGCUUCCAUGGUAGAACAACAUUGAUAUGCAGAGUUAACGAAGAGAGCGCCACACAGGUUUUUACUAAUGGAGCGUUGGAGUAGAUGACAUGAUCUGGUCCCGCCAUACCUAUAUCGCGAACUAUAGUUCCACCGGUGGCGGAUGGCGAUGAUGGUACAAUAGUAGCCUUAUCUUUGGGACCAAAUUACUAGUUAUAGUUCAUUAAUUUAGGGCCGGCCGCGCCUUUCUUUACGCUAAACUUUUUGCC